UCGUCGUUCACGUUGGCUGAGGACGACGAAGAAGACAACGACUAUCAGAGCAACGAUUCCGACUCCGGCUACGAGAACACGUGCGGUACCGGCGAUGGACAGCACCACUCGGCCAUCAAUUGUAACAAUUGCACGGACUGUCAAUACAGGCGACAGAUCGCUGUUCUCGACUCACUGCCCGACGCUGUAGUUCAGGCGAUUCAAGAGGCGUGCGAUCAGGUGAACAAAGGUGUGAUAAACUGGCUCUUCCGGCACCGGCCGAUGAAACUGUUGUCAUUUCUGACGAUUCCGUAUUUGUUGCCCAUCGAUAUCACGAUUGUCUUAUUCUGCAAAGUGUGGCAAUCGGUUCCGGCCAUCAAACAGGAGCUGAAGAGUUCGCUCUACAAUUUGCUC